AUGGGCACUCUGCCCAACGUCGGCUUCCCCGAUCGAAAUCUGAUUUCUGGCGUGAGUUUUGAUGCUCAUGCGAGCGAUCGAGAGGGUGGGAGAAAACAACAUUAAACGAAUGGUUUCUCCAGCACUAUGGUUUUCUUUUUCACUUUUGGUUUGAGUGACGACUGGAGAGGGUAAUAAUAUGGUCAAUUGCAUCUGAUUAAAGCCUCAAUCUGAUCUCUUUUUUUUGCUAAUCGCCAUCUUCCAUAGGCAAAAAUUGUGAGGGAUACACAAUCAAACAUUGGCAUGAUGGUUUGGUUAGACGAAAUUGUUGAAGGAUCAAAACUUAUCAUUUCAGCUGGUCAAUCCCUUGGACGGCACUCAAUUGAAAGCUUUUGGCAUGGACCCUCAACUUCAUUGGAUGUUCACCAUCGUGAAGAUGAAGACAUUGAUCAUGCCAUUGCGCUUUCACUAGCGGAAGAAGAGCAGAACAAGGGCAAGGCUGUUGACAAUAAAGCUAACCUAGAGGAUGAUGAACAACUUGCCAGGGCUAUGCAAGAAAGUUUGAAUAUCAAGUCUCCUCCCCGUCAAAAUGGGCGAAUUAAUCAACCAUUACCAAAUUUCUUUCCUCCAGUUAGGAGAUGUGCGGGAUGCAACAGAGAGAUUGGCCAUGGUCGUUAUUUGGGUGCUGCUGGUUCUUUUUGGCAUCCAGAAUGUUUUCGUUGUCAUGAGUGCAAUCGACCAAUAACUGACUAUGAGUUCUCUAUGCAUGAGAAUAGUCGUUACCACAAGGCUUGCCACAAAAACCUCUAUCAUCCAAAGUGCGAUGUUUGCAAAGAUUUUAUUCCACAAAUUACAGAUGGCCGUAUUGAAUAUCGAACUCAUCCUUUUUGGGAACAGAAGUAUUGUCCAAUACAUGAGCGUGAUGGCACUCCAAGGUGUUGUAGCUGUGAAAGAAUGGAGUCAAGAGAUGCAAAAUAUGUUACUUUAGAUGAUGGCCGUAAGCUUUGUCUCGAGUGUCUCAAUUUUUCAAUAAUGGAUACAACUGAGUGCCAGCCUCUUUACCUGGAUAUACAAGAAUUUUAUGAAGGUUUGAAUAUGAAAGUGGAACAACCAAUUCCAUUGCUUCUAGUUGAGAGGCAAGCUUUGAAUGAGGCUAUGGAAGGUGAAAAGAAUGGAACACAUCACCUCCCUGAAACUAGAGGUCUCUGUCUUUCCGAAGAGCAGAUCAUUAGAACAGUAUUGAAGAGGCCAAUAAUGGGGCCUGGAAACAGACUCAUAGAUUUGAAAACUGGGCCACAUAGACUUGUCCGGCGGUGUGAAGUGACGGCAAUUCUCAUAUUGUAUGGUUUACCCAGAUUGCUAACGGGAUCUAUAUUGGCUCAUGAAAUGAUGCACGCAUGGUUACGCCUGAAAGGAUAUCGUUCUCUUAACCCUGAAGUUGAAGAAGGCAUCUGCCAGGUGCUCGGUCAUAUGUGGUUGGAUUCAGAGAUCAUAUCAGGCGCCAGCACCAGUAUCGCCUCCAGUUCAUCUUCUUCACCAACUGGGUCAGCGAAAAAAGGCCCUCAAACUGUGACAGAAAGAAAGCUUGGGGAUUUUUUCAAGCAUCAAAUAGAAUCAGAUUCCUCUCCUGCAUAUGGAGAUGGUUUUAGAGCAGCUAAUAGGGCUGUCGAUCAGCAUGGUCUCCGGCGUACUCUCGAUCAUAUGCGGUUGACGGGCGCCUUCCCACAUUGAAAAGCCAGAUUUUGACUAUGCUCUAAUUAUCUCUCUUCCCGCUGCAACUUAUACGAAUUAUUGAGCCUACAUGUCGUAAAAAGGAAAGAGCACAAUCAUCAAACAUAAUGAAAAUAAUGAUUUACAAAGGUAUACAGUGCACUACAUUCCAAUGUUGCAUUGAACCCUAAUUGGGCAAGGACUUUGCCACCAAGGUUCAUUACUCGGUUUUGAGUUAUAUCGAAUGCAAAGAUUAUCCAACUGUUGUAAACUUGAGCUUGUUUCUUUUCGAGGACUAGCAAUAGUUCUCAACUUUGGAUGGAACUGAGAAUGAUUGUAUGAUAACUAAAAGAGUGAUUUAUCAUGGUUUAUUUUAAGUUUUCAUUUUCAAGAAA